AUGAUAGGAUUAUUUUUUUCCUAUCGACGCUACCUGAAAUUAACGUCGGAACCACUUGAAAUAUCAUCCUAUAUCACUGAAUUGGAGUUGUUGAAUAUUCAAAUACCAUAUCAUACCGAAGAAUGGCCUGUCAAGAUUUCUGAAUGUACAAUGUCACAGUGUUUCGAUUUAUCGCGAUGUUUAGCGCAUGAUGCAUUUCGCGUGUAUGUUUAUCCAUCAGACAACAGCUCAGUAAUGUCCGUGGUAUACAGUAACAUAUUAAAAGUUAUCCGAGAAAGUAUCUAUUAUACCAACGACCCUCAGAAGGCUUGCUUGUUUGUUCUAGGCAUCGAUACUGUAGAUCGGGAUAGAAGGAGCGAAAAUUAUGUAAAGUAUGUUAAUGAAUUGAUAGAAACUUUACCGAGUGAAAUUUGGAAUUAUGGUCGCAAUCAUAUUAUAUUCAAUCUUUAUCAUGGUACAUAUCCGGAUUAUUCGGAUCACGACCUCGGUUUUGAUACAGGCUAUGCUCUCAUUGCUCGUGCCAGUGCAAAUACUCGAAUAUUCAGGGAGAAUUUUGAUCUGUCUUUUCCUCUCUUCCAUAAGGAACAUCCACUAAGAACUACCGUAAAGACGAAAUGGUCAUUAAAAGUAAAAGACAAAUAUUUGGUUAGUUUCAAAGGUAAACGAUACGUUUAUGGAAUUGGCUCCGAAACGCGUGACUCGCUUUAUCAUCUUCAUAAUGGGCAGUCCGUAGUUAUGGUUACAACAUGUAAGCAUAAUACAGAUUGGAAGAAGUAUGAGGAUGAACGUUGUGAAGAAGAUAAUGUCGAAUAUGAUCAUUGGGACUAUGAAAUGAUUAUGUCUAAUUCAACAUUUUGUCUUACACCACGUGGACGACGUCUUGGUUCAUUUCGUUUUCUGGAAGCACUUCGACUGGGUUGUAUUCCAGUUGUUUUGUCCGACGACUGGGAAUUGCCUUUUUCGGAAGUUAUUGAUUGGCGUCAAGCAGUGAUCAUCGGUCAUGAAGAUACUGUGCUUACGAUUUCAGAUGUUUUGAAUGCCAUACCACUCGACCGCAUAUUAUUUAUGAAGCAGCAAUCACGAGGUUUAUAUCAGCGAUAUUUUAGUAGUGUGGAAAAAAUUACACUUACUGCAUUGCAGAUCAUUGAAGAGCGUAUCAACAAACAACGAGGUGAGGAACCGAGAAACUGGAAUCGUUUGUUUUUACCUGUUGAAAAUUCUCCUACAUCAGCAUCAUCAAAUGAAAAUGGUUACACAGUUCUUUUAAGAGCUUCAAUAAAAGUAUCCGGAAGAUUGAAUCGAAUUGUAAAUUUAUUCUGUGGUAUCCAUGAAGUACGGAAGAUUAUUAUACUUUGGCCCAAAAAUCGUCAAAUGAAAACUAAUUUUGACAGUUGUGGCGCAAACAUAUUUGUACAACCGAGCGACUUCGACGUGCACGUUGAUAUUUUAAGUCAAGCUCAAGCAUUACAAGCUGAAUUUGUUGGUACAUUUAUUUUAUUUCUGGAUGAACGUGUGCCUAUUACAGUUGAUGAUAUUCGCUUUUUAGUAGAUGCAGCAAGCACUGAACCUUAUCGUCUUUAUGGUUUUUAUGCUGCUGAUUCGAAGGUGGAAGGAGGAAUGCCAACAGUUGAACUUAAGCCGAGCAGUGAAUACUCGUUGAUUCUAUUUCAUCUUGCUUUAAUAAAGAGGGAAUACCUGUUGCAUUUUGAGCAAUGGAUGCCAACACCUGCCAAAGGAAUAGCAUUAAAAGUAUCACAUUGCUUUACUUUAUUAAUGAAUAUGAUGGUGGCAGAAUUAACUGGACAGUCUCCGGUGUUGAUUGGUAGUAGGAUUCAUGAUAAAUGGAUGCUUACCAGGAAUUAUUCUGAAUGCUUGGAUAAGUUGGUUACUGAUGUUUGGCCAUCAGGUGCAUCGUUAAUCAGUAGUCAGGCGAAAAUAAAUCCACUUUUAUAUAAAGAUGAUAUUUCAUCGUCUCGUAAGAAAUACGCUGGUAUGGAGUAUGACAUUUUGUAA